GUUCGGGUGUUAACACUCGAUACUAGACCACUAUUUGUUAUUAGAUUUUAUGAUUGUUUGACUAUUGAUUAUGAUAAUUAAUUAUGUUGAAUACUCUGAAUGACGAUCAUGAAUUGUUAAGUUGAGAAAAAUGAAUUAAUAAAUCAUACUAUUAAGGCUACUUAGAAGAGCUCUAAGAUAGACCUCUGAUUAGAAUGGGCCUUGCGAGUAUAAAACGUAUAUUCGGUGGCCUUGGGUUUCAGAGACUAUAUAUAUCACAAUUAUGAAAAGAGUAUCUCACAUUCUCAUAUUAUGGAAGGAACUUCUCGAACACUUCCUUACACCAUAAGAUUCGUUGGUUUACUUGGCCGUCAUUCUUUUGGUAAAAAUCCAAAGUUUAUGGCUACUGUAGUAGAUUUAGGAAGAGAAUUGAUAAGGCGAAGAAUUAGUCUUGCUUAUGGAGGAGGCAACGUUGGCCUACAAGGAGCUGUUGCUUCAAUAGUCUUCAACAAUGGUGGUCUCGUUAGAGGUUUCAUUCCUGAGUACCUAGCAACACGACGGGUCUACGGACCUACAUAUGGCGUAGAGCACACAGUUUCUAGCAAUUACUACCAAUAUUUUGAGAUGAAUCAUGCCGUGGAAGCUUUCAUUGUUCUUCCCGGAGGAGUUGACACCAUGGAAGGUUUGUUCACCUUGAUCUCGUGGGCUUCUGAAGGGUUACACAAUAGACCCAUUGGUCUUUUAAACAUUGACGGUUAUUUCAAUAACCUUCUCAAAUUCUUAGACGAUGCGGUGAGGCAGAACUUCAUGGCUUCCAGUUAGAGGAAAUUUUUUUAUUUCUUCUUUCUCUGUUGACGAGCUUUUAGACAAACUAGAGUUUGCUAAAGCUUUCCCGGGACCUGGGUUAGUUAUGAUGAGUUUGUGAAUCCUGGGAGAUUAGACUUAGAAUUGCAUUUGUAACAUUCCUCAUAUGAUCCAAGUUGUAUGUUGAAAUGAUAUUUUCCAUAAAUAUUAUUCUAGGCU